AAACUUUUUCCUGCGUUUGUUACUUCCUGUUUGGUUGGGAACAGAUCCUCCUCUGUGCUUUGUCUUCUCCGGUGUCUCUGUUUGAGAAAAUUGUCUUUGUCUUAUCCUCUGUCCUCCACACACCGACACUUACACCACCUCCAGCUAACGUUAAACCCAGCGGGAGGAUCUGGAUUCAGUGACCGGGACAGAGAGCAGGGAGACGUGCUGAGUGCACAAGGAGGAGCCGGUGUUUGUCUGGUUCUUUUGCUCCGGGACCUGAUGGAUUUUACUUAAACUGCAUGUCCUUAAAAACCACUAACAAUGACCUCUCUGCUGCUAAUGCUAAUUAGACUGUCUGCUAAUUAGCCGACGGUGCUAACCAGGUUAGUUAAAUGAGUUAAGUAGUUACACUGCCGCUGCUUUGAACUCUUAACUCCGACACGUUCGCCGUCUGUUAAAGUGCCUGCUGUUUAAAGCUAAAGGUGCUAAUUAACACAGCAGCUAGCCUCGGCUAAGUCUGAGAUUAAAUGUAGUCUGGGUUAAACGGACCGAAACCAGGCUAAAUGUGUCGUUUGGAGGGUGAAGCUCAGCCCUCGGUGUGUGUCGUUGUUUUGAGUUAGACUUCACAGUCAGAUUUUAAUUUAGUUUUGAAUGUAGUUUGGCCUGGUUUACAUAGAGAUAGAUUCAGUCUGUGGUUUAAAAUGGGCUUUAAUGUGGACUACGUUUGGUUUAAAUGGGUUUAAACUGGACUUUAACUGUUGAGUUUUCAACACUAGUGUUGUUAUUGGUGUAUUUCCUGUCUGGAUGUGGUUUUGAGUUCAGUUGGACUUUCAUUUAAGGGAGUUUUGAAUUUAGUCUGAUCUGACAGUUUUUGGCUUAAAUGUAGACUGAGUUUGGCUUAAGGUUGUUAAACUGGACUUUAAAUGAGGAAGGAGUUGGUGAACUGGGUAGGAAGUGUACUUAGUACUGAGUUGAUGGUACUGGGUUUAAGCUCAUUUGGGUCACAAGUGUCUUUAUUAGUGUUUAUUUCCAGUUUGAAGUCAAAGUAGACUUUAGGUUAAAGGGGUUUUGAAUGCCGGCUGGUCGGGUACAUGUCAUGUAGAUGGGUUAAAUUGAGUUUAAAUUAAGUCCUGGGCUCAGACCAGGCUGGUGAAACAGUCCUGUGUAAAGCUAGGUUAUAAUUGUAUUGUAUACAGGGCUUACUGGUCUAGGAACACGUUUAGACCCAGUUUUUGGUUUAAGUGUCCUGUUUGGAGUUCACUUCUGGUUUUUGGUUCAGUCAGGCUUUUGUUUGAUGGGGUUUUGAAUGUAGUCAGGGGACAUGGACUCAGGUGGAGUUUGGAUUUUGGUUAACUUGAGUAAAUGGACUAAACUAGUCCUUUCCUAAACUGGGUAGUCGAUGUAGUCUGGCCACGGUUUAGUGGGGGUCUAGAAGCAGGUAGUCCAGGUUUAAGUUCGGUUCUGGAUCACAAGUGUCCUUAUUUAUUUCUGGUUUACAUAAAGGUUUUGUUAGACUUUGGUUUAAUCAGAUUUUGAAUGUAGUCUGGUCUAGUUUACAGGGACAGACUGUGGUUUAAAACUGGUUUAAAUGUAGUCAGACCUUGUCUUUUCUGUCCUUGUGAAGACAGCCAUUGCUGGUUUUGAAGUUUUAAAGAGUCCUUCUGGUUUUCGUUGGUCUUUGAUGCAGUUAGUCCAGGUCUAAGUGGGGUGUAGUCCCAGGUUUGGCUCAUGAUGGCAGAGCUCCACCAGACUCCCACCUCUCUAUGCUGCUGUCGGAAGUCACUGCCGAUCUCUGGGGCCCGUUGUGUUGGGUACUCCACAUGGCCCUCAGCAGCUCCAGGUCCCGGGUCUCCACGGUGCCCCCUGGUGGAUGUGGCCUCAGCGUCUAACUUCAGUUGCUUCCAGCUGCGACACUUCCACUUGGACCUGCGGCUGAAUUUUGCUGUGAAGGAGAUGAGCGGCUGGCUGGUUCUGGAUCUGAUCCCAGUACAGGCGGGGAUUCACACCCUCGUCCUGGACUCCCACCCCUCUCUGUUAAUCCACUCCAUAGACUGUAAGGUCCCUGGGGCCGGACAGGAGGAGCCCGUCUCCCUCACAUACCGGAUCGACCCGUUCACAGAUUAUGGAUCAUCGCUCAACAUCAGCCUGCCAACAGCAGCCGUGAAACCAGGCCGACUGAUCCAGAUCACAAUCCGCUACAUCACCACAGAUGGCCCGGCGAUUUGGUGGCUGGACUCUGAGCUGACCUGUGGUCAGUCUCGUCCUCUGGUCUUCACUCAGGGUCACUCUGUGUGUAACCGCUCCUUCUUCCCCUGCUUCGACACACCGGCCGUCAAGAGCACAUACACCGCUACUGUCAGGGUCCCAGAUGGAGUGACGGUUCUGAUGAGUGCAUCUCGGAGUUCCUACUCCAAACAGGACCGGGUCUUCCAGUUCUCCAUGGAGUUUCCUGUCCCGUCUUACCUGGUGGCGUUGGUGGCAGGAGAGCUGCAGCACGUGGACGUCGGCCCGAGAAGUCGUGUGUGGGCAGAGCCAUGUCUGUUGUCCUGUGCAGUGAAGAAGUUGGGAGGCAGUGUGGAGCGCUGGCUGGGCGUGGCCGAGGAGCUUUUUGGGCCUUACCUGUGGGGCCGGUGUGACAUCGUGUUCCUCCCCCCCUCCUUCCCGAUCGUUGCCAUGGAGAACCCCUGUCUCACCUUUAUCAUCGCCUCCAUCCUGGAGAGCAGCGAAUUUCUGCUGAUUGACGUCAUCCACGAGAUCGCCCACGGCUGGUUCGGAAACGCCGUCACCAACGCCACGUGGGAGGAGAUGUGGCUGAGUGAAGGGCUGGCAACAUAUGCCCAGAGGAGGAUAACUACUGAGGCCUAUGGUGAGGCGUUCACCUGUCUGGAAACUGUCGUGCGUUUGGAUGCCCUCCACAGACAGUUGCGUCUCCUUGGAGACAACAACCCUAUGAGUAAACUACAGGUCAAGUUUGAGCCAGGUGUUAACCCCAGCACUCUGAUGAACCUGUUCACCUACGAGAAAGGUUUCUGUUUUGUGUCGUACCUGUCUCAGCUCUGUGGUGACGUCCGCCGCUUCGACUGUUUCCUCAGGGAUUACAUCUCACAGUUUAAGUUUAAAAGCGUUGUGGCUCAGGACCUCAUCGACUACUUCCUGGGUUAUUUCCCCGAGCUGCAGGGCGCGGCUGUGGCUCAGAAAGAAGGUCUGGAGUUUGAGCGCUGGCUCAGCGGCUGUGGGCCUCCUCUGUAUGAACCGGAUCUGUCAGCAGGGAGCACUCUGAUCCAGCCGGUCCAGGAUCUGUGUGAUCUGUGGAGGAGCAUCGAGUCCCCAGACCUGCAGACCCUGACCACCUUUGACCUCUCAGCCUGGAGCACCUUUCAGAUCGUCCUUUUCCUGGACCGCAUGCUGGACCACUCACCGCUGCCACACGAUGUGAUGGUGAGUCUGUCUGGUUGUUACUCGACUCUGUUUGAUGGUCUGAAUGCUGAGGUUCAGAUCCGCUGGCUGCAGAUGGUGGUGAGGAACACAUUCUACCCAGACCUGCCCCGUGUCCGGGCCUUCCUCCACAAACACACGUCCAGGAUGUAUACGUUGCCACUGUACGAAGACCUAGUUGCCGGGGUGAUGAAGUGCGUUGCUGUGGAGAUUUUCUACCAGACUCAGCGUCGCCUGCAUCCAAACCUGAGACGGACGUUACAGCAGAUCCUGUUCCAGACGAGCUCCGCCCCAGCCAAUCAGAAUGGUCAAGCUCUGUCCACGUUACCCCCUUCCCCCUCCCCCUCCACACAGCCACCACAGCCUGCUGCCACAGCAACAGCCUCUGCUGCCGCCGCUGGAACAACAACCGCUAUCGCUCUGAGGGACGUCAACGUGUCAGCGUGAAGUACACCUUUACAGUGGUGACGGAGUGAUGGAGGGUCAAUGCUUUUACAUGGUCUGUUGUUCCCAUGGUGACAAAAUGUUGUCAUUAUCAGAUGUGUGAUGUAAGGUGUUGCUGUGGCAACAGCAGCCGCUAACUGAGGGCUACACACAUGAAAGUUUAAGCACUGUGAUAUCACGACAUGAAGUUCACUCCAGAGCUUUUAAAGUCUGGGUCGUGGGUGGUUAAACUGGGGGGUGGGGGGUCAGAUAUCAUGGUGUGGGGCUGCUGCUUCAUCAUGUGACAGUUUUUAAGCUCAACUCAAAACCCUCCAUGUUUCUGAGGGUCUGCAGACACACCUGGGUACACUCCACACCUGUACCCUGAGUUCAUCAGGACCUUUAACCUUUGAGCUUUUGUGUUGGUCAAACUGACCAGAGUGUGGUGAAGAUUGAAACUUUUAGAUUUUUGCUCUUGGUGCAAUUUAACUGAUGACUUGAAAAGAGACGUGACUUUUGUUCUGUGCUUCAGUCUCAGCAGAAUCAGUUUGAUGCGAUCGGUUUGCUCUUGAGUCCAGCUCAGGUGAGGCUCCAGCAAGGUGACCUCACUGCUGAAUCAUUCUUCAUUUUUAAGUUCAGUGAUCUUGGCAUUAUUAACCAAUCCUUUGCAGAAAACCUGGUUAGUGAACAGAACCUGUGUGAGGGUUGUCUAUGAUCAGAUGAGCUGCAGGUGUCCUUAGAUGCUCAGGGUCUGUCCUGCAGCAUGUGGAGGUUCCUCAGAGGCACACUUGGCUGAUGAAGACAUCCUGACACACAGACACUCUCUCUCUCUCUCUCUCUCUCUCUCUCUCUCUCUCUCACACACACACACACCCACACACAGUCUCCAUGACAUGAAUCAUGAUCAAGCCCAGAGUUACAGAGGACACAGUGAAUAUAUAUGGUAUUUGAUAUGUAUAUAUAUAUAUAUAUAAAAUCAAAGAUUUUAUUUUGAAAGAUUCCUCACUGGUAACGCCCUGUAUUUCUCAGUGUGUGAUAACAGGAUGUAAACUGUUCUUCAUGAAGAGCAAAUUGUUGGAUGAUCUGUUAAACCAUCAGUGAAUUGAACAGGUCACAAAGUCCUUCAGUCUCCAUUUCAGAUCCCACAGGAACACUUGUGGACCAGGUGACUUUUUAGCCCUCCUUGGCUAUGAUUGGUGCAUUGAGGCAAAGAGACGGUGCUUAAGAUUGAUCAAUAUCUGUGUGAUCAUGAGUAAACCAAGUGUGACAUGCUGAAACCAGAGUAGUGGAGUGUCAUUCGAUUACGACUGCCAGGGUGCAUUUCACUGACAAACAUCCAGUCACAGUAAACAGUGUUAAAACCUGCAAGACCUGCAGUAGUGCUGUCCCCCUUUAUGAUCUGAACCAGACUGUGUCGGCCUGUCUGGAAACAUCCUGGUGAUUCACUACAGGAAGUGAUGAGGAAGGUUUCCAGCUGCUUCCUCAUUCUCCAGGGAGCUCAGAUGGAAACUCCCUCAGAGUGCAGUGUCAUGAUUUCUGAGUAAGAGGCACUUGAGUGUAGAUGUAGCUGUGAUCUUGUAGACCUGAGACCUUCACUGCUCUGUUAACUGUCUCUGAGUCGGUUCCUUUAACUAACUGCUGCUUUUAACCGCAGUAACAGCUCAAUAACCAAACAUGUAGCUGAUACCUGACCCCUCAGGUACCUCCAUCUGACUGAUCCUGCAGACCAGGAACAGGACCAGGACUCUGCGCUCCUCGCUAACCCUCUGAUCCAUCCGUCUGAAAGUUGAACUGGACAUUUAUCAGGGAGGCAGAGUCUUUGUAUGACAGGACUCGGUGGGAAAACCCUAACCAGCAGACUUCACCUGAGUGGCCUUAACGCUGCCUUCACUGCAGAUGGGAACUGAGCCGUUUCAGUGAGAGUUCAGACGCAAGUUCUGCUCUUCUGGUCCUGUUUGUUCUUCGUCUCUUUAAUGAUGAUCCUGACUGUUUGUACCUGAAAUCACCAGCAGAAAAAAUGCAGGCUUUAAUGUAGCUUCCUGGGUUAGGGUUAGCUGACCCUGAGCGCCUCCACAGACAGAUUUAUAAUCAACAUGUGAUUCAGAAUAAACACUUGAAAUUACCAAAGGUGUUUUUUUAAUUUACUGACACCAUGUGACUCCAGGGUUGGUGGGGCGGGACAGUGGGCGUGAUCCAGAAAUCUAUGAAAUCUUAUUUAAAAUGUUUUUGUUUUGUUUUUUGGCUUGUCUUUCUUUUAGUUCAUAACAUGUAUUAAAACUACAUUUAUAUUAUUCUUUUAUGUCA